AUGAAAAAUUAUAAUUAUCUCUUUAAGUAUAUUAUUGUAGGAAGCACUAGUUAGUAAAUUUAUUAUUGAUGAAGGUGUAGGGAAAAGUUGUUUACUCUUGCAAUAUGUCGAUCAAAAAUUUAGAGAUGCUCAUUAAAUCACAAUGGGAGUAGAAUUUGGAACUAAUAUUAUCAAAUAUAAUAGUCAUAUUAUUAAAUUACAUAUAUGGGAUACAGUAAGAUUACCAUCACUAAUAUUAGGCUGGAUAAGAAUCUUAUUAAUCGAUGAUUAGAGCAUAUUAUAGAAAGUAAAUUGAAGUUAAUUUAGUGCUAUUGGAUGUAUAUUGGUAUUUGAUUUGACAGAUAGAAAAUCAUUUGAAUCUUUAAUUAGAUGGCAUAAUGAAGUUUUGGCAUGUAGUGGAAAUGAUAUUCAAAUAAUUAUUGUUGGAAAUAAACAUGAUUUAUAAAAUAAGUAUACUUUAUUAUAUUCAAAGAUAGAAGAGAAGUUUAAGAAAAAGAAGCAUUAGAACUUGCAAAAUAAUUUAAUGCAAAUUAUAUAGAAACUUCUGCUUUAAAUGGUUUAAAUGUUAUUCAGAUAUUUGAAAAUCUUACUUCAUAGAUACUUUAAGAAAUUUAAAGUGGUAAAAUUGAUCCAUAAAAUGAAGUAUAAUUAAUAUCUAUCAAAGAUUUAUGGAAUAAAAAUAGGAGAUUUUGAAAAAAGAAGAAAUUCACUUGUAGUUCAUAAAACUUAAAGACCUUCUGUUUAAGUGA